GCCGGGCCGGGCCGGGCGAGGCUCGGCCGCCGGAAGCCGCCGGGGCACCCGGAAGGGGCCGGGCCGGGCCUGGCUGCGGCAGCGGGAGAGCAGCGGCGGCGCCAUGAGCCGCCUGCGGGAGGAGGAUGACCCGUACGUGGUGGAGGAGCCCAGCGACGAGGAGCGAGCGGCCAGCAGCUCAGAGGAUGAGGUGGAUGUGCUCCUACACGGCACUCCCGACCAGAAGCGGAAGCUGAUACGGGAGUGCCUGACUGGCGAGAGCGAGUCCUCCAGUGAUGAUGAGUUCCAGAAGGAGAUGGAGGCAGAACUGAACACCACCAUGAAGACUAUGGAAGGCAGAUGGACAUCACCUGAAAUGGGUACUUCAAGUACUGGGCUGACUGGAUGUUCCAGCACUUCAAAAUACUAUGAUGACAUUUACUUUGAUUCUGAUUCAGAGGAUGAAGAUAAAAAAGAUACACAGGAUGUCCGGAAAAACAGAAGACAUCAGCAGCGGCGGAUUCUCUCCAAUGAUGAGCUGCUGUAUGACCCAGAAGAAGACAGUAGAGACCAAGCGUGGGUAGAUUCGCAGAGGAGAGGGUACCGUAACCAGAGGAGAGCGCCACAGCAGCGGCAAGCAAAACCUGCAGCUGCUCCAAACAGUGACGCUGUUCUGAACUGCCCUGCUUGCAUGACAACAUUAUGCCUGGACUGCCAGAGACAUGAAUCUUACAAAACACAGUACAGAGCGAUGUUUGUGAUGAACUGCGUUGUUAACAAAGAGGAGAUACUGAAAUACAGAAAGAAGGUAAAGAGAAGAAGUAAGAAAACGAAGCACAGCAAAGAAAUUGGCUCUAUACAAUCAAAUCAAGAAGAAGAGGAAAUAUAUCAUCCAGUAUUAUGUACUGAAUGCUCAACUGAAGUAGCAGUAAUGGAUAAAGAUGAAGUUUUUCACUUCUUCAAUGUUCUGGCCAGCCACUCCUAAUGUGCAGAUGCAGGAGGGAAAAAAUCAUGUGCUGUUUUUAAGAGUGUGGGAAGUAUUAGAAAGCAGGCACACUGGCUUUUUUAAAAAUGCUCUUAUAAAUGUACAUUUUCAUCUGAGAACUUUAUAAUGGUUGGACUUUCUGCAAAGUUUAUAAAAGGUGUACAGUUAACAUACAGUGUGUAUGUGAGAGCAAUAUUCCUUCCCACCAUCAGGUGGUUGCAGCAUUGAGGAUUAAAUAUUUUGUAAAUACCAUGUAAGAUCUGUACAUUACAAUCAUUCCCUGUACAUAUACUGUCCAUUCAUUAUCUCAGUGUGUAUUAGAAUGUCUCACUGGAAUAAAUCUUUAUAGUAACUGA